AGAAAAUCCAAAGGAAUUAAUGAGAGAUCAUAUACGAAAUCUAAUGGAAUCAAGAGCAUUUGAGCUGGAUUAUCCUUGUCUAUUUGAUUCAAGCAAUAUUAAGUGCCUUUUUGGAAUACUAGACGCAUCUUGCUGCGGACAUAUUACAUCUGAGCAGUUUAAAUCAGGUAUGUAUUAUUUAUAUACCUAGUAUAUUAAGUUUAAUAUAUAAUUAAUUACAAGUUUUUAGUGUAUUACCCGCUAUUAUAUAUUAAUGAUCUUAAAUCAUGAUUAGAAUAUGCAAAAAGUUAGUCAAAGAAAAUAUAUAUAUUAUUAUAUUUACACAAAAGAUAAAAUAUGCUAGUACAAAAAUUAUUUAUUGGACAGUUUUAUCGUGGUUAUAUUUAACAAAUAGAUAAGAUUUUGCCAUUGUCUGUUCAGUUAUAGAUACACAGUAUGACGUCAUAAUGGGGGAAGAACAAAAAAGUGGCUCACGAGCCGCCUAUAACUAAACAGACAACGGCAAAAUCUUAUCUAUUUGUUUUAUAUAAUAAAAACCCCGAAUUAAACAGGUAAAUAAAUGUAUAAAACGCACAAGUCGUAACAAACAUGCAGCAGACUUGUAACAAUGCAGUUCCAACAACUUGUCAACAGGAUCAGUUCGUCGCACUGCUUGUUCCCAGCUUGUUGACAAGUUGUCAACGGCUUGUUGACAAUUAACUUGCUGCAAGGUUGUCGAGCUCAACAGACUUGUUACAAGUUGUCGUCCUGCUCUCCACCAAUGAAAGCGUGACACAAUACAUGCAUGCAGGACAUAACACCAAUAUUAUAUAUUAGACCAUAUGAUUAGACGUACUCUCCAUCGACAGGUCAUGCCACCACGUUAUAACGUCAUAUAUACUGUGUUUCUAUAAUAACAUCUAUUUGUUAUACAGUAUUUACGUCAGAGGGCAAGUAUAAUCUCUGACAAAUGACCUUUGUUUGUAGCAUCGAAAUUCUUUGUUUAUUUUUUCCCUCAGUGGCCAUUCCAUUUAAUUGAUAUAUUAAGCGAAUGUAAUAGAGUAUUAGGUUUGGAACCUCAAUGCAAGUACAUUACCGUCGAUUCUUCACAUUUAGUGGAUGGGGAAGCAGCUCCACUUGUUACAAAUCCAUGUGAAUUUGAUCAGGCUGAACUGUAGUGUUAAAAUAUCAGUUAUAUCCAAAGAAAAUGAUCAUAGUGUCUACUUGAUCACUUUGAUUCUACUAUUGAUAGCUUAUAUUGCUCUAUAAACAUGAAGCAGCUUCGCUAUGCAUAUUUGAGCCUUCACAAGGUAUAGGGCGCGAUUUAUACAGUCAGAAUUUUCCAUUUCAAUGAUGGAUUCUUGCACUUCACUUGGUGGAAUUAAUUUUAGAAUGUUAGGGUUUGUAAUCCAAGUGAGAAUAUAUACAUUUUAAGACCUAACCAGGAACGACUGCGAAAAAUGCAGCACAAGGUCCUCUGGUAGGAAUUGAACCUACGGCCCUGCGAUUCCGGUGCAGCGCUCUAACCAACUGAGCUACAGAGGCCAGCUGUUAAGCUGUAACCGUAAGUUCAUGUAUAUAUAGGUAAUCGGGUGUGCGGGUUGUGAUAAGGUGGACUUCAAUGAUGGAUUCUAGCACUUGGAUUACAAACCCUAACAUUCUAGAAUUUUCCAUUUCAUUUUUCAUAACCAAUCAGAUGAGUUUGAUAUAUCCGAUUAACCAAUUACAGUAGAUGAGUUUGAUAUAUCCGAUUAACCAAUCAGAUGCGUUUGAUAUAUCCGAUUAACCAAUCAGAUGCGUUUGAUAUAUCCGAUUAACCAAUCAGAUGCGUACUAAGCCAGUGAGAGGUAGCGUUAGUGAAAGUCAAAUCUGAACCUCUCUAUUAAUUUUUGAACCAUAUUAUUGUUAAUAUAUUAUUUAUUCUCACUGGGAGAUUUCUCUCACAAUACCAUAUACUUUGAAUAUUUAUUAAAAAAGCCGAUUGCCGAACCGAUUGUUAAGAGCCGAUAUUUACCGACCAUCGACCGAUUAAUCGGCAAAACCGAUGGUUGCUUAUUAUUACUAAAACUACUGAUGCACGUGACUUAAAGGAACGCGACGACAAAUUUAUUUUUCCCGUAAAAACAUUUCUCAGCAUUGUGAAAUCAACAUCGUGUUACUGGUGAGAUCUGAUUGGUCCACGGAGUCCCGGACCACGAUAAAAAAUUGCAAACUUGCGAAUUGCGAAAAGCCGAAAACACGGUCAAAAAGCGCGGGAAAUAAAAAACAUAGUGUUUCCACUUUCGAUCAGUGUUUCCAUGCCAAAGAUGUGAAAAUUCAAUAUUUUUGAGUAACACCGCUGGCCAUUCCGAUGGUGAAAGACAAUCGGCCCAUGGUGAAAGACAACCGACCGAUGGCCGAUUGUGAAAAAACAAGCCGAUUAAUCGGGUUUGCCGAUGUUUUGUCGAUGAUCGGCUCACCUCUAGAUCAGUUAGUCAUCCAUAUUCACCACGUGAUUGUCAGACAGUAUAAAAGUAGCACAGAAUCGGCAUCUUUUGAGCAUUUGCGGAUUUGCCACCGAAAAGGAAGAACGGCGCUGAAAUUUUUUGGGAACCACCCACCUCCCCUGCCUCCUCCGCAGGCCCUCAUUUGCGUCAUGGGAAGGUCACGAUCUGGCGAGGGCCUGCGGAAUCUUGUAAAAAAAAUGGCGCCGGCGUCACGUCAGCAAGUAAAUUUCUACAUAAUCUUGAAUAUAUAAAACAGAUAUAAAAAAGCGGUGUGAAACUUGUAAAUUAAACUGGCGACUCUUAGGACGUGGAAGGAAGCAUUUUUUAACGAUAAGGUUUGUUGUCCACACCAACGUUGCACGAAUAAAACUGCUUUCUUUAACAAAGCAGGUUCAAAACAACAUUUAUUCAUUUUACAAGAUUCCGCAGGCCCUCUCGAAAUCGUGACCUUCCCAUGACACAACGAGGGCCUGUGGAGGAGGCAGCCACCUCCCCUCGGCUGCGACACUUCCGGACCUAGCUUCGCCGCACUCUACCUUUGGCUGAAAAUUAUUUAUCCCCAAUCUGAAUUCCCUCAGUCAAAGGUAUUGUGCGGGGAAAGCGAGCAGUGAGAAUAUAUUACGAUAUGCACAACAUGGUUUUAAACUGCUUCGUCAAGGUUAAGAGGUAGCGCCUAAUCCAUCCUUUCUUCAUUCAAAAAAACACUAUAAGAAAAUUACUAUAAUUACUAGAAGCAAAAAUAAUUAUUAGAAUAUUUUCCAAGUUUAUUGACACCACAACGCGUUGUCACUCCCUCGACAUCCUCUCUUGAGAGACCUCAUUUUUGACGUUCCAGGACUACAACAAUGCUUUAAUAUGUCUUGCUUGUACCAAUUUUGCUGGUCUCUUGUAAGCUAUAUGUCUAACUGUGUGUACGUAAAUACAUGAAAUAUACAAAAUAUACUGAGCACGUGCACUAGUAAAUGUACUUGCAUUGUAAGAAUACUUGCUGUACUGUACUACCAUUGAAUUUCCACAUUAUUCUAACCGUUUCUCCAUACUUUCUAUUUUUAGCGGUAGAAGUUGUUGGCGCCAGCAACAUCCAGGAAGAUGACAUACCCGAGUUAAUAAAUAAUGAGGACAUUUCUUUUGAUAUUUUCCUCACUCAAAUGUGAG